UUAAGUAUCUUUUAUUACACGAUUUAGCUAAGCGAGCUGAGUGGCUCGUCCGAUAAGAUUUCUUAAGUAAAGAGAUGCCUCUUCUGUGUGGAAAGCGGCAUGGAAGACGUGUGCUUUGCCUACUUCCUGGUCUUAUCUUUCGCAAAACAAUGAAAAAAAUCCCGAAAAUAUCUCCCUAGCUUCCUAGUUAUCGGGUUUUGGUCAACAACCAUAAACUGUGUGUACUCCCUGUGGCAACUGGUUCCCCAUGCUGAUAGCCACUGUACUGCGCCCUAGACCCUCGCCACACGUCAACACCUUGACAUUGAUUGCUGCGGUAUUUGCCCAACGGAAGUGGCGGAAAGGAAAGGAAUGGAAUGGAGAAGCAAGCGAAACAGGGGGAAACCACAAAUGGCCAAUAAUUCAAAUUCAAAUGCACCAUUCGAAUUGCUGGUGUCCGGAAGACACCAGUUUCCACGGCGGACAAGGCAAAAGAACAGGCCAACGGGGCGUGCACUUGAUAUGUAGGUUCGGUUUUGGUUGGGGUUUCUGUUUCGGUUUCGGUUUGGGCUUUGGGUAUAUCACCACACAUCACAAGUCGAAAUCGAUUGCCGGGCCAGCUAGUUUAGUUAGGCGUCUCUCUGAUAAGAUACGGGAGUACGAGUGGCGAACGCCAGCGGAGAAUUCCGCCAGAAGAAAAACACAUUCUGGCCUCCGAGCUUGGAGCAAGUGUUCCCGGCGGUUAUACAACCACUAGCAUUCAACUAAAAUUACAAAAAAAAUUCUGAAAAAUGUCUGCGCUAGCCAAUGGAGGACAGGAGGAUGAUCUGAAAAUUCUGGGCCAACUCAAGAGCAUCGAACAGAUCAACGAGCAGCGCCGCAAAUUCCUCAACAGCACGAUCAACGAGGAGGUUUCGGAGGACUUGAAUGGAGCCACAAUUCAGGAGGAGCACUUGGAGAAGGAUUUAAAAAAGUUGGAGCAGCUGGAGCCGAAGGAAGAGGAGAGUCUGCCAGAGGAGAAGCCGGAGUUGCAGGCAGUUCCCGAGGAGGUGGCGGAGGAGAAGACGUCAGAGGAGAAAGCACCGGAGGAGAAAACGCCAGAGGGGAGCCCAAAAAAGACGGAGCAGGAGAAGGUCCCCGAAACGGCGGAGCAGUCCAAGCCGCAGCCACCAACUACCCUCACCCUGAAUGUGAAAUACGCCACGCUCCCCAGUCCCAAUGUGGUGACGCUGCGUUCCCCGCUCUCGCCGCCUCCCAAGCCGCCCAUGCUGGGUCGCACCCGGAGCAUAGGCCCUGGGGAUGGCAAGAGCAACGGAGCUGUCUCGCCGGACCAUUCCCUGAUGCGCCAAAGCUUUCCCGAGGGCGUGCUGACGCCCAGCAAGGCGGCCAAAGCACCAGCCGCGCCCAGUGAAGAGGCACCGGCCACCGUCUCCGCCCGCCACUACGAGGGACUCAUCGAGGAGCUGCGCUGUCCCGGCUGUGCCGGCGCCAUGAAGGCACCCAUCCUCCUGUGCAAGAGCGGACACAGUGUCUGCGAGCAGUGCACCCGCAUUCUGCUCAUGUGCCCACUGUGCAAGGAAGCCUUCACCAACUCCCGAUCGCUGACCGUGGAGGCCCUCUGUGCCAAGGCGCACUUCCGGUGCGGACACGCCUCCGGCGGCUGCCAGGUGCGGAUGCCGGUGGUCCUGCUGCCGUGGCACGAGCAGCAGUGCAUGUACAAGCCGAUGAAGUGCUUCAUGGGCCGCGUGUGGGGCGACUGCCGCUGGCAGGGACGCGAGGUGCAGUGGAAGGAGCACCUGGAGGAGAACCACAACGACCGGCUGUUCCGCUCGAAUAGCGCGGAUCUGCAGUGGAACCUGGCCACGAGGCGGAAACCGCUGACCGGCUACUACGUCUUCCAGGCGCACGACGAGAUGUUCAACUUCUACGAGAUCCACGACCGGCAGCGCAUCCUGUUCACCAUGACCUGCACCUCGAACCGGCGGGACAGCAAGUACAACUACGCCUACGAGGUGACCGUGCUCCAGCCGGACAACGAGGCGCUGUCCAUGACCCAGAAGUUCCCCGUGCACAGCGAGUACGACAAGGACAUCCUCAUGGAGGGCACCUGUGUCAGCAUUCCCCUCUCGGAGCUCAAUCGGUUCCUGGACCAGGACAAGGUUCUCCACUACCGCGUGAGCGUGCUGGCGGUCAAGUCACCGCGCCGGGUGAAACCCCCUCGACAGAGUCUGCCGCAGCCCACGGAACUCGAGCAGACCGCCAAUGGAGGAGUCAAUGGAAAGAGCGUGCCGACCAACAUGAUCAUUACGCGUACCUACAAGGAGGCUAUCGGCGAGGUGGCUGCCCAGUCCAAGGAGGCGGGGGCCACGCCGGACGAGGAGGAGGAUGCCGCGUCCGCCGGCGGUGGUGGCGACGGUGGCCUGGAACUCGAGCGCAAGUGGGGCACACCGCAGCUGCACUUCAACCGAAAGUAUCUGCGGAACACUUUGAAUGACACGACGCCCGUGGAGGACGAACUGCGUCCCCUGGCCGCGGACUUGCGCAAUGGACAUGGCGACGACAAGCUCUCCCAGUGCAGCAACAGCACGAGUUACACGAAAAAGGUCUCCGACUCGCUGCGCAGGAGUUUCCGGGCCCUCAAGGCGGACAUCGUGGAUAUGCGGCCGUUUGGCAAGAAGUCAAUCAAGGCAGGAGCCUCCUCUCCGGUCCAGGCCAAUGGCAACUAGUGAUUCCAAGUGCGCUCUUCCUUUCUUUCGCCUAAUUAUACUUCAUAUUCAACACUUCAAAGACAUGUAAAUAUAGCAACCGAUUUAAAUCCAUUGGAAUGUGUACUAAAAGCAUAAAAAAAUAAAUUAUAAUAUGUACAAUAUAA